AUGAAUGCGCUAAAUAACAAUGUCCAGGAUUUGCAUGAUGUUUAUAAAUGUUUUACAAAGCGUGCAAUCCCAGGAGUUGACAAUGAUGCUAAUAAGAUUUCACUGCCGCUUGUUGAUGUUCCUACUUUGAGACACAUUUGUGGUUGUGCAGCAGAAGCUUUCAGACGAGACGAAAAGAUUAUGCAUUUAAACGGCAAGUAUAUAGUGAUUGGAGAUUUACAUGGACACCUUAUGGACCUCUUCAGGAUUUUCAAGCACUUCGGUUGGCCUCCUCGCAACAAAUAUCUAUUUCUUGGAGAUAUUGUUGAUAGAGGUGAAUUCUCUCUUGAGACAUGCACAAUUAUCUUUCUUCUCAAAGUACUUUAUCCAGAGCACGUUUUUGUAAUCCGAGGAAAUCAUGAAUUUGCAGAAAUGUACAAAACCAGCGGCUUUGGAGAUGAACUGCGAAAUUCAUAUAAAGAAUUUGAUGUUUCUCCAUUUUUCGACAUGGCUUUCUGCGAAAUUCCAAUAGCCGCCAUUAUCAAUUUGAGAUAUUUAUGUAUUCAUGGAGGAAUUGGUCCAAGAUUCUUAAAUAUCUCUGACAUUGAAAUGAUUCCAAGGCCAUUAGUUGGCUACUUGGAUGAUUUAUCUCAAUCCAUUUUAUGGUCCGAUCCAAAUCUAUAUGUAGUAGGUUUUCAGCCAUCUUCCCGUGGAUGUGGAUUCUUCUUUGGAGAAGAUGUUUGUUCAAGCUUCCUUGACAGAAAUUGCAUCGAUAUGAUAGUCAGGGGACAUGAAUGUGUUGAAAAAGGAGUUGAAUUCGUAUUCAAUAGAAAAUGCAUGACAGUCUUUUCAGCAUCAAAAUAUUGCAAUAAUAUUGAAAACAAGUGCGGCGUUGUUACUUUCAUUGAAGGCGGAACCUUUGAAAUAACUACAUUCCCACCAGUAAAAUCAUAUGUUCUUCGAUCAAAAUCCAGAUUCUAUUCUCUCGAUUUCUUUAUUCAUCGAUUGCCAAAACUGCCUUCGAUUUCUAAGCAAAGUGUUGAAGCUCAAGUUUCUUUUAGGAAAACUCCUCUUGUUCCUAUGAAGAAAGGAAUUUCGAAAGCUGUAUCUGUUCAGAGACUAACUCCAUUAAAGCCACUUCAUUCAUUUGAGAUGCUUUGA